CCAUAACUGCCCUCCGAGAACCAGGUGUCGUUCACACCGCGGCCUCGCGCCUCGUCUCGUUAAUCACCCGUACUCGCUAUUGUUAAGUUCAGCCAUCUUUGUCAAAUUACGAGCGAUUCAUUUCAAUAAAUCGAGUUUGUGUGUGAUAUCAAAUGGAACAAAACGCAGUCUCUGUGUUAGCGACGCGUCGUGUGUGCAGUGGAAUCGUGAAUACGUUCUCUUUUGUUUUACUAACGUCGCUGACGCUCUGCUGAAUGGAAGCGUUACGACUUACAGCGUUAACGACCAGUCGACCAUUAAUAUGAUGGAUGAUGUCGUCUUUUGCAAAAAGAGUGCAAAGUGAUCGUUUUAGUAAAUAAUGUGAAGGGUUGUGGUAGUGUUUAUGUCCGGGCGUGCAUGCGAUGAGAACUGCGUCGUAAUUUGUCGUACACAUUGCAUAAAUGAGUGGAAUGGCGUUGCGGAGCGCGCGGGCCGGAGCAUGCGCGCCAGUUUCCUCGCGACCGCUGGGAACGCACUGAGUGUCCUUCGUUUACGUGCAAAUCAAAAUGGGAAGGUCGAGAUUCCCAGGGAAACCACUCAAGUUUCAGAACAGAAAACGUGUUAGUGUUUUAUCGGGCGCUGUUUAUCAUGAAACUAAUUCAGAAAAUCACCCGCCCAUCAGUGGCGGGGCUGUCAACGAUUUUACUGGGGAUAAAGAGGAAGAAGAAAAGAAAGAAAAUAAUAAUGAAAAUGAGAAGUUCCUAACUAGUGAAAAUAAACUGACUGUCAGUAUUGAAAACAUCAAAGAGGAUAAUUCAGAAAAAACUGACAGUGACUCAUCUAAAUCUCCAGUGCGAACUAGGUCACAGAACAAAAUGGAUCCACCGAAAAGUGAUAAACCUAAACCUUUAAAGAAAACAGUAACAUUUGGCACUGUUGAGAGCUGUGAAGAUAUCUUUCUGCCAUUAAAGAAAAUCCCACUAAAACAUCAUGCUCCUCUAGUGCCUAUCAUUAAAAAGAAGUCUUCCCUCAAACAAACAGAAUACUCUACCUUCAACAGCAUCCUCAAACCAGCCAAACUAACAGAUUUGAGUUCUAAAUCUACAUCUGAACAUCAAGAAGGUUACAUGAGGAAAAAUUUAAAUCCUUUAUCCAAACCUAUGAAUAAAUUUUCAAAUGUAAAUGAUAAUCGUUGCAUAUCACCACCUCCCAGAAAUGCUUCACCUAUAGAAAAGGAAGGUGGAUCAUCUUCCAAGUUUAUUCUGCCAGUGCGGAGUGCACACUCCUCCAGAGUUAUUAAACCUAAUAAGAGAUUUAUUGAUGGAGAAGACCAAACUACUGCAUCUAAUGGUGUGGGAUCUAGUAAGGUCCUCAAAAAACCUAAACUAAAGAGGGUUGUUUUUAACAACUUACCAGAUGAUGACACCCCAGAGGAGGAAUCUAAUGAAAAUGAGAAGGUUAAAGACAAACAUACUUCCAGUUUGUUCAAGGAUAAAACAACAAAUUCAUUCUCAGGACUAGGUUCUGGAUCUAGAAAUUCACAUGAUCUAUUUAAAUAUGAAAAAGAGGAAGAAUUGUCACAGGAUGAAAAUUCAAAUGUAGAAGAUCCUGAGAAUUUAAAGUCUACUGAUAAUAAAGAAGAGAAAGGUGGACAUGCAAUGAGAAAAUUGAUGGAUAUCUCAGAUGCAAGCAGCUCAAGUAGCACAAGUAGCGGCUCCGAAUCUGAAGACAGCUGGGAAAGCGAUAGUCCUACGCCGAGCGGUGACGAGGAAGAAAAAUCUCCUCCACAGAGUCCUGAGAAAGAAAAGACAUCUGCAUCACAACUCCUAAGAGGUAAAGUGAUAAUAAGGGAAGCAAGACUACAGUUGACCCCUCCGGCGCCACCUCCACCUGGUCCACCGGUGCCAGUAGGACCACCUGGGCCAUUUUCUACAGCUCCUCCUCCUCCAGCAAAGGAACCGCCUCCCAAUUUACCAACGACAGUAACGUGUGGCGUGUGUGGAGCCGUACGUUUCUACAGAUUCGUCAAACAAGCGCGAAAAUUUGGAAUAUAUUCUUGUGAAUCGUGCCGUAAAUUCAUAUCCAAAAUGGUGAGGAAAGAGAAACUAUGUCAGCGGCCGAAUGGCGUGAUGCAGUGCUUAAAAGGAGAAGGAAAUUGUAUUGUGCCUCCUGUAGUUCGAUCUCAACAAUGGAAGUUAAUGCGGUGCACUAAUAAGACCCGAUGCCCAGCCUGCUGGCUAAAGAUGUGUCUAAAGGCUUUCAAAGUUCCACCACACAUUAGGACUAGCUUGACUACCAUGCUGCCACCAUACAUGAGAGCGUCAUCGGCGCCAUCCGGACCGAUGUCUCAAGCGAAUCCAUUAAGGAUAGCAAGCAAUACAUCCUCUGGCCAGCCUAUGUUUACUUCUCUAAGUAAUAAUGAGAAUGAAAACAAAAUCUUUGGCUCUCUGAAGUCAACUAAGAAGACCGGUGAUGGAAUUGAAAAAGUUGAGGGAAAGACACCUAAAGAUCGCCCCGCUGAUCAAGAACCAAAUGAAGAUUUCAGCGCCAAUAGAAAGCGGCGUUUGACAAGAAUUAAAGUCCGAAAGAAAGAUAAGGGCGAAUCCAAACAAGUUGAGGAUCCCAAACGACAGAAGGUGGAGCUGAAGGGGCCUAGAGUCAAACACGUGUGUAGGAGUGCUUCUAUUGUGCUAGGACAACCCAUUGCAACCUUCCCAACAACAGAAGAAAAAGAGAAACCAGAGAAAAUACUUGAUGACGAAGACAAGGAAGUACCUGUCAUUGAAAAAGAAAUACCUACACCUGAUUUAUCCAGUGGUGAAUCAGAAGUGGAUAUUGAAAACAAAGCACCCAUUCAAGAGCCAGUGGUUAUUAAAGAGAUCGAUGCUGAUAUUCCUGUAGAGAAGAAGAGAAAGUCAGAACCAUUAACUACAGUAAAGCUACAGAACAAGUCUGAAUCAAGUGAAGAUGAAAUAGUGAUGGAUCUUGUUCCUAAGAAAACUGUAAUGAAACCUUUGUCCACCAUUACAAAUAUUCGUGGAAGAUCGCAAAAAUAUGGUCAAAAUCGGCCUGAGCUUAUUUGUGUCGACUUUUGGGAGAGUUACGAUCCUGAUGAAGUAUGCAAUUCUGGUUUUGGUCUCAUUGGCACAUCGUCCUUUACUGUAGCAAAAGUUUGCUUCCUUUGCGGCAGUGCUGGCAGAGAAAAGAUGUUGGUGUGCACGAGUUGUUGCGAGUGGUAUCACAGCUGGUGCGCUGAGGACGCUCCAGGCGGGGGCGGAUGGACAUGCGCGCGCUGCGUGUCCUGCGCUGCAUGCUCCCGCGCCGCUGCACGGCUUCGUUGCCGCAGCUGCACCCGACAUUACCACGCUGCUUGUCUUCCCGCUGCGCCACCUGAUCAUCGCAGCGAUUGGCCUCAAAUAUGCAGUGCCUGCUUAAAAUGUAAGAGCUGUGACAGCAGCCGCGUUAGCAAGUUUGUUGGCAGCCUGCCUUUCUGCGGACCCUGCUUCAAAUUGCGCCAGAAGGGCAACUACUGCCCGCUGUGCCAGGCGUGCUACAGAGAUAACGAUUUUGACAGCAAGAUGAUGGAAUGUGGUUGGUGCGGAAGAUGGGUACAUGCAAGCUGCGAGGGUCUCUCUGGUGAGGGGUAUCAACUCCUUUCAGCGUUACCGCCAUCUAUUGAGUACAUCUGCUGCAAAUGCAUGCCACAUGAUCCGCCAUGGAGAACGAUGCUCACAGAACAUCUGAAAGGGCGACUACUGCAUUUGCUCAAGUUACUUGCUAAAAAUAGAAAUGCUUGUGCGUUACUGAAACUUACACCUCACAAAAAUACGCCGGUACCGAACAAACCAUACCGGAUAACAUCACCACAAGCUAUCAGAAAGUUGGAUUUCGACAGUGCUGACGAAUCCAUGAAGACAUCUGAAACAAAAGUUUACAGAAACACUGCUAGAGGCCGCAGAAACAACAACUUAGCGGCAAAUAAGAUUAACGAGUCUGAUGCAUCACAGAUAUGGCAUUGCUCAUCAUUACUUACGGACGUAGAAAUGGAGAAAGAGGACAUUCCUCACACGUCACAUAAAGUAGUGAAUCUCCAGGAACCUCUGAUGCAAAACAAGGAGAUAUGCUUUUCUACUGGACUUUACGGAACAAAGACAGAGUUCGAUGCCCCGUGUAUUGAAGUGCACGAGAAUUAUCCUCCACAGAACAAAUCUGAGAAGGCUACUACAAUGCUGCCAACUACGGUACAUGACGAUAAAUAUGAAGCUAUCUCAGAUGAUGAUGAACCAAUGAAAGUAUUCCCGCAAGCUCGAAGUGAACAGGAUCUCAGUCCAGCUGUGGUAAGAGAACCAUGUCUGGAUGAUAACAUGGAUGAUUUGAACAGGAUUGUGUCGCCGUCUUUAUUGGACAUAAAGAAAAGAGUAAACAGUGACGAAUAUGUCUCACUAAAAGAUUUUAACCAUGAUAUGAAAGAUGUGAUUGAUAGAACAUCUAGUGACGAACUAAAAGUAAUUUAUAAAGAUCUGUUCUCUGAGACAUUUCCAUGGUUUGACUGUGAAAAUAAUUGCCUCCAACCUAAUCUAGAGGUCGAAGGAGAACAAGACGAUACAGACUCUCUAAAAGACCUCGAAAUUGCUGACGAUGAGAGCAUCAAGGCGGCAGUACUAUCCAUUGAGAGACCCCUAGACCAAAUUGUCACAAAAUUGGAGUCUGUUGGAGAAAAAUUCGAAGAAGACCUUUUGGAAUACUAUCCCAUGGUCGAUUCUAGGACUUGUGUUUUAUGCAAGGUGGUAGGCGAUGGUUUGUCAGCUAUGGAGGGUCGCUUGCUGUAUUGCGGUCAGAAUGAUUGGAUCCAUGCAAACUGCGCUCUUUGGUCAGCUGAAGUGUUUGAAGAAAUCGACGGGUCGUUGCAAAAUGUGCAUUCAGCAAUAUCUAGAGGUAAAAUGAUCAAAUGCGCUGCUUGUGAAGUAAAAGGCGCCAGCGUCGGGUGUUGUGCAAAAAAUUGCAGUGAAACCUAUCACUAUGCUUGUGCUAGAAAGGAAAAUUGUGCUUUUAUGGACGACAAAAGAGUUUUCUGUCCCACUCACGGAAAAGAUGUCCCUAGAAAAAGCUUACAGAAAGAUACAGAUUUUGAGUUAACUAGACCUGUAUAUGUGGAGCUUGAUAAAAAGAAGAAAAGAUAUAGUGAAAUUAAUAAAGUGCAGUUUUUAAUGGGUUCCUUGACUGUCCACAGUCUAGGCAAAAUAGUUCCAUCUGUGUCAGAUUUCGAGGAAUUUUUGAUGCCUGUGGACUUUUCAUGCACUCGUCUCUUCUGGUCCUCCAAAAAACCUUCUAAAAUUGUCAGAUACACAAUAAAGACGAAGUUAAUAUUGGCAGAACCAUUGCCGGGAUUCGAUUUAGGUGUGAACAUAACCGUAGACCACACCAUGGAUGUGCAGGUUGUUGAAAGAGUAAUAGCAGAAAUUGGAGCUUGGCAUGAAAGUUUCGAGACAGGUUCAUGUAAAACUGCACUUAUGCUUAAAAAUGAUAAGUCCCCUAUCAAGUUGGGAAAUACAGUAACACUGGAAGAUCUUGCAGUCAAGCAGGUUGUGGAAUAUUUACUUGAUAAUGUUUGUAAGCAAGAACAGCAAGAUGAAGAAGAACCUCAGAAUACUGCAGAUUUAUUACCACCCGAAUUGAAGGACGCUAUUUUUGAAGACCUCAAUCAUGACUUACUGGAUGGUAUAUCUAUGCAAGACAUAUUCCCUAACCCAUAUGAUGACCUUGUUGCAAUGGACUUGAAGAGUGAAUUCUACAGUGCAAUGAGUCAGUCUGAUGAUAAGAGCAAUGACAAAUCAGAUUUUAUAGAUGAGUUAUUGAAUGCUCGACUAGAAUCCGGAAACAAGGAGAUGAAGAGGAGUAAAUCAGAAAUGCUUUUGCAAAACCAUAAUUUGAAAUCGUUAACAACUGGGCGUGGUCAACAAAGAUCUACAAGUCUAACUUGGAAUAGUAAAUUUGACACAAGCUUGUUGUCGUCUACAUUCAAGCGUUGCAAGAUGGGAAGAACUUCCACAAUGACUGGAAAGUUAAGUCCUGUGCAAAGGACUAUAUUAAUUGAAAAUCCUUUGGAGACUAUGAAAAUACCUGAUACCAAUGUAGACAAAAAGCUUAAGGUGGAGGCCAGCGCAGUCAGUAUCAACACCGACGAAUCACCUCACACAUCGGGAAUGAACUACCCUGCGUCAUCCCCUAAACGAAAGGAAGAACUAAAUACAGAAAAAUCUGAUAAAACAGAGGGACAGUACGACUUUAUUGAUUUCUAUACCAAAAUACAGUGCAGCCCUAUAUCUCAAUUGGAUGGCGCUGCAGAUUGGUCUGAAUCUGAAAGCGGCUGUAGCUCUCGAUCUAACAGUCCUCGAGAAAAUGACACUCACUUCACACCUAUUCAACAGUUAGAUGGUGCAGACGAUAAUACAGGAGGGGAUAAUACAAUGAGAAACCCAAAUAAUCAAUUUAUGUACAGAGCGAGUGGCAGUGAAAGUACUUACACUGUUACAAUUGCUGGAAAUACAAUCAAUGGCCAGCCUGAACUGGUGAUGCGGCAGAUAGAUAGUGAUGGUACAUCUGGCCAGAUUGAGCAGUUGGUAAGGUGUGACAGAUGUCAAUGCACAUACCGAAACAAAGAAUCAUACGAUAGACAUGUUCCGUCAUGUGAUAUGAUGUCUACAAGUGAAAGCGAAAGUGAAAAUCCGAAAUCUCCAGAAAACAGAACUCUGACAACUCUACAAAACGCUUUUCAAAGUGCGUUUGCCCAACCAAUGAUAAUCCACGCAGGAGUUGUAAGUGGAAAUGAAAAUAAUGUCAAAGCCGAUGGAAUCGCUGCUAGGCGAACAUCCAUCAACACUCGGCAGAUAACAAUCAACGGAACCAUUGUUGAAACGCCAUCCCCAGGACCGUCCAAUGAAAUGACUAUGACCAUUACUGAGCAGAUGAAAUCUGGUACUGUUAUUUUUGACCAAAGCAAAACUACAAAUGUUCAAGUAUCGGCAAACCAGAAUCUAUUGUCGUCACCGCAAAUUGUUGUGACGCCACAAAUGUUACUCCCUCCUAAGACUAGUUCAGCAAAUAAUCAGAAACUAAUGGCUCCACAAAUCAUAACACAACCUGGCAUCUUACCUUACAAUAUUUGUGUAAAACCUGGAAACGGGACUGGCAACAUUCAGCACAUUCAAGGAGGGGCCGAUAUGGCACAACUAUUAUCUGGACCUGGAGGCAUACAAGUUAUAUCAUCAAACUCUAAUCAAGUCCUAACUAUACCAUCAAAUAAUGCUGGAAACAUUACACCUAUGAUUCAAGGUAAAAACCAAGUUACAAAUUUCCCAAACUUGGCUAGUGCAUCUUCCAUCACUUUGCCAGUUAAUUCAAUCCAAGGUAUGCCUAGCACAUCAAUAAUACAAAAUAUUCAGCCAAUGAUUAGACCGCAGAUACAAGGAAACCCUACUAUAGUUGUUCCUGCUAUGACUACUCAAAGACUUGCAUCACCAAAUUCUCAACAUAAACAGCAACUGAUACUUCCUGGUGGCAAUCAAAAAUCUCCCAAGAAGCAACCUGCGCCUGUGCAACCCAAACCAAUGUUCCAGACGACCAACAGGGGCAGAGGACGACCGAUGCCAAAGCCAACAACAAUUAAGCGUCACACAAAAUUAGAGAAGACAUUUACAGCAAUUAAUCAGUCCCCACUAGGUGCAGGUAACACUGUAAUACAACUGCAGACAAAUAAUCAGGCUGGACAACCCUCGAUAAUUGUACAACCAGUGGCAAAUCAAAACAUAAUGUCUGCUUAUGUGGAAGCUCUUUCUCAACAACAGAAUCAAAAUAUGCAAUACAUCGCAACAAUCGCCCCGCAAGGAGACUUUAAAACAGGUCCAACUCAAUUUAUAUCUCAAGGUGGUCUUGUGCCUCAAACCUUCCAAAUUCAACAAACUGAAUCUGGUGGUUUAGUUGCUGUGCCAAGCGGCGGGAUCCCUGUAUUGUUGCCACAAGGGAAUGUUGGCAUUUUGCCCCAGGCUCUGCAACAAGGAGCUACAAUCUUACCACAGGGGACUAUACAAACUCAAGGAAUUAUCUCUCAAGGUCCAAACGGCCCUACCAUUCUGCCACAAGCGAUUCAUACCCAGAACGGGACUACUAUAAUACCGCAAGGAACUAUACAAGGAUUGACUCCCGGGAAUAUCACUUCUCAAACUGCGACACUACUGCCUAAUAAUACACUACAAACGGCAGGUGCCACGGUAGUGCCUCAGAGCGGUAUCGGAAAUGGCCAAACUGCAAUCAUACCAAAUACCGGUUUACAAUCACAAGGUAACACACUGAUAUCUCCCGCAUCUGGAGCUACGAUUUUGCCACAAGGAACGCUCUUGCCGCAAUUUUGCAAUGAUCAAGUGCUUUUAGGCUCGACGCCAACGUUAGAAAUGGUUACUGACCCAUCAGGGUGCAUGUAUUUGACUACAACCCAGCCUGUUUAUUAUGGUUUAGAGACUAUAGUGCAGAAUACAGUGAUGUCUUCGCAACAGUUCGUGUCGACCGCAAUGCAAGGCGUACUUGCCCAAAACAGUAGCUUUUCCGCCACAACAACUCAAGUAUUCCAGGCCAGCAAAAUAGAACCCAUAGUAGAGGUACCUACAGGAUAUGUAGUUGUCAACAACGUCGGAGAUGGAGUAGCUGCUUCAACACCAAACGUAGUGUCAGCCCAGACAGUACAGUCAUCACCACAAACUAUGAAACCCAAGCCAAAUGUUCCUAACUUGACGUUGCAACCUCUUCCUGACAAGACUUCUGGAAAUAGUACUAGCAGACAAACACCUAAAGUAAUACAAAUGAGUUCCACACCAGCUUCAAUUGCUGCACAAUCUGUUCCAGCGACUAUAAUAACAGGAAGACAGAACAUGAAUCCCAUAACAUCUCAGAUACACAACAUGACGCUAUCGAGCACAUCUCAGAACUUGCAGAGAUCGAAUAUGUCUAAAUCUAACACUGUAUCGAUGUCACCAAAUGUAACUUUUGUAUCUUCUAUGGGACAGCCAGUGAUGGCAAUCUCUCAAUCUAUCCCAAAUUCGGUGUCGUCCUUCACCAUGCAGUCGAUACCUUUGUCUCAGCCAAUAGUAUCUAGUUCUAUUGCACCAUCUGCUAGCAAAAACAAUAUGAAGAUAGAAAAUUCACAUGUGAUUGAAAUAAGUGGAAAUCUACAAGAUAAUCACAAUUCUUCAAUGCCAACUAUAAGUGUUACACAAAGUAUUAAAUCGCCGACUCCAUGGCGACAAAUAAAUACUCCAACAAGUAGCGGCGACAUGAAAUUGGAACUACAGGGCUUAACUCCGAAAACAAGCACCUCCAUUAAUACGCCUUCAAUUAGUAUUCAAAGUACUGUAAUACCUGCUAGAUCAAUGACUCUAAAUGACCCUGAGAAAGGAAAUCAAAGUUGCCUACUCUCAAAUAGUAACAGCCAAAUAUCCGGAGUGAAUUUGCACUCUCAUCAAUUUGAUUCAAAUUUAAAUGUAAGCCACCAUUCAUCAGCCCAUACUACUUCCAACAAUGUGAUACAAAUUACCGCAGGAAAUAUCUACCCUCCUUCGUCAGUCAUGAACAGCAAUUUUGAUAUUGACACAUCAAUGAAGUUGAGCAAAAUUAAUUCGCUGACGAAAUCUGAAGCUGGCCAUUUGAGCUUCUCUCCAGAGUUGCUGAUUCCCCAUUCUCAGCAUAACGAAAAAUCGUUCCAGAAUAUCGGCAGUAAUGACAAUAAGCAUAAUAUUGAUAGCAUGAGCAAUCAAUUAAGCAUGCACAACAAGCUGAAUAGUUGCCAAGUUGCAGGCAACAUCGGAACUACGCAGGCUAUUAGCAUUAUACCCCAUAACGUGAUGCGUCCACAAAUCCAAAACAAUCAGAACACAAUUUCAGUACCAAACAACCAAAAUCCGAUGUGUUCUAUUAGCAACUCUACCCAUGGACAAGUACAAUUACUGAAUUCUGGAAAUAAUUCACUACAAAAUGUAAACGUAUCUUGUCAAGAGGUAUCGAACAGUAGAAUAAACAUUACUGUUUCAAGUGACAACAACAUACAAACGAGCCAGCAACAUGAAAUUAUCAGCAAUCCAAUGAGUACUACAAACAUGAGUCAUGGGAAUAUGCAAAUGAUGUCACACGAUAAUAGCCAACACUCCACUUCGAACCAAAUCCACAUCAUGAAUGGUCAGAUUCAACAUAACCGCCAAGUGGAUAACAGCAGCCAGUUGCAACAGAUUAACACCGUAUCAACUAACAGAUCUUUUCACGAGAAUGUGGUUAGUGGGCAGCAACAAGCCCACAAUCAAACUGGUAUUCUUUCCAACAGAAAUACGCCUGAUAACAGUAAUUUAAUUAACCAAACCAUGAGCAUGCACAAUUUGGGCAGCAACCACAGCAUAAGUAGGUCUGACAUGAACGAUAUCAGCCAUAUGCACAUGCAACAACCAAUAUCUAAUAUAAACAACGUGCAAAAUAACAGAAUGAUAAUGGAGAAUUUACAAUCACAUGCCAUUAACAACAUGAGCCAUCAAAUACAUUCUAAUAGGUCAAUUGACAAUAUGCAUAGUACGCAGUUGCAUGGUAUGCAACAGAUGAACCACCACAUGAAUAGUAGCAGGCAACAGAUAGACAACAAUAUGCAUGUCAAUCAAAUAUCGAUGCAGAACAGGCAACUUGACAAUGUCAGCCAUCACCACCAACAUCAGAUGUCUAAUGGCAUGCAAAUGCAAAACAACCGCCCGCUUAUGGAUAACAACAUGAUGGGCAUACACCACAAUGUAACGAAUCAAAUGCACAAUCGUCAACAGAUGGAUAACAGUAUACACAUGCAUCAUAUGACAGCAAGUAGUUCAAACUUGAACUUAGGUAAUCCUAUUGAUAAUACUGGUACCAUGACCGGUAUACAUGGCAACAGACACGAUAACAGCGCCAUGUCUAUGCAAAAUGCCAUUAACCAGAUGCAAAAUAACAGAAAUUCUUUAGAUUCUCAUACAUCUAUGAUGCAACAUCAAAUUAAUAAUAUGAAUAACUUGAAUAAUAUGAACAUGCACAGCAACAUCAAUAAUUCCUUGCAAAUGAAUAACUCUAAUCAUCAAUCUAUGAGUAGCUCAUUGAUGCAUGUUCCCAAUAUUCCGGAUAUUAAAAAUGACAUUCAAAGUUCGUGUAGCGGCAGUUGCUCCAACAACACAUCACAAUUUACUGGUAAUCAGAAUACCUUUGAAGUGUGUUCGAAUAUGAGUUCCAGCAACAACAUCAAUAUGAGCACGGGCAAUAUCAUGCACGGCAUGAACGUUACCAACACAAAUAUGUCUAACAACAUGAUGAUGAAUGCUGUCAACAGCAGUGCUAUGUAUGGAGCCAGUGGUCAGAGCAAUAUGUCUGGACACGAUAUACUAAUGAGCUGCAAUACUUCCUCAGAUCACGGCAUUACUAACCUUAUUUCCGGCAACUCAAAUCAUAUGAUGAUGACCAACACACAACCUCAUACGAAUAAUAACCAAAAUCAAAUCCUAGGCGGUCCAGUUCCGAAUACAACACAAAUAAAUAUUAACAGUAGUAAUAUGACCACAAACAGUACAGCGCAAAACCAAAUUACUAACAUGGAAAAUCAAAUUAAUAGAACCAGUAUGCAAGUAAAUGAAACCAAAUUCACUCAAGAUUCACUUAGAAGCAAAAGUAUGAUGGGGCCAGCCACCAAUGCCAAUCUAUCCAUGUCAAACAAUGAUUGUGCCAAAGUAAAUAUUGUUGGUAAUGAUAAACAGAACCAUACUAUAUCAGUGAGUAAUCAAAUUGGAUACAUGCAAAUGAAUUCACAAAACAACAGAGUAAUUAAUCUUCCGGAGCGAAAUAGGUUAACCAAUACGAAUUUGGAAAAUAAUAUGAAUCAACAUGUUUCACAGCAGCAUAACAUUCGAGUCGUCACCAAUAAUACAAAUAAUAGUGUGCCGGACCCCAUAACAUUCCAACAAAAAAGUGAAACCACCAGCACUAUGAUCAAUGUGCCCUUCCAAGCUAUACCAAAUAGUGCACCAAUGAAUAUAAAUGUGAAUUCAAGCAACAACACUGUCAACAUAACCGUCCAGAACAAUCUAGUAGAUCCCAAAAUAGCUUCAAAAGCUGCCGCUGAUAUUAGCUUUCCUCUUCAAACAAAUACUAACAUGUUACAGAAUCAAAACAGCACUGGUAAUAUGAUAUGCAUACCUGUACAGAAUAAUACUAUCAGUUUACCUACACAAAAUAGCUCCAGUAUUACGUUGCCUAAGGCUCCGCCCACUCAGCAAUCUGGCAUUCCUACGAAUGUCGUGAACCCGAUGUCAAUGAGACCAAUGAACAGGGUGUUGCCCUUACACAGAGAUAGUCAAAGUAAAACUGCAAAAGGUCCAAACGCUACAAAAACUACUGUUCCUAGACAAAGGGCGGUGGGCCACGAUAUGCCAGAUCUCAACAUAAAGGACGAAACUAUUGACAGUGAUUUGGAAAAAGCUAUUGAAGAAUCCAAGCGAAUGAUGGAGUUGGAAAGAACCAAGCGUGAAAAGGAAGAACGUGAUGCCACUCGAGCUAUUCAACUGUCGGCAGAAAUACAUUCAAAUACAAACGAUGCUGCGACUAACAAUACAGAGAGCACAGAAAGCGAACAUAUUGAGAAUGCCCCAAAAAUGACUUCUUUACCAGAUCUAGAUGCAGACAUUAUUGUGGUCGAACCUCCAAAAGUAUUGAUUGAAAAAGAGCAGAAUAAAAUGUCUGUAACACCCAAAGCGCCAAGCUCUAUACCUAAAGUUAUCAAACGUCCCUUGUGUGACAAAAAGAGCGAAAACGAACCAGUGAUCUUAAAGAAACAAAGUAAAAUCUCGAAAGAGAAUAAAACAUCCCUACCAAAGCAAGGUACUGAACCACCAAAAGAUGAUGGACCCAAGUUAAUCUACGAAGUCACUUCUGAAGAUGGCUUUAGUUAUUCAUCGUCGUCUCUGACUGACCUGUGGGCAAAAGUGGUAGAAGCAGUUCAGAAUGCGAGAAAACAAUCGGGAUUGCCGCUGAUUCAGUACAAUUUGCCUUCUUGUCUAGCAGGAGCUCACUUACUUGGCCUUAACAAUAAUGCACUAAGAUAUCUUGUUGAGCAGUUGCCAGGGGCAAGUCGGUGCACCAAGUAUAAAAUACGUCAGGGUCGUCAACUUAACAGUUGGGACAAUGAUUUGGACCUGAGUGAAGGCUUCAAGGAGAGUCCUUGGGGUAGUGCUCGGACAGGGCCCGUUGCUCGAAAACUGACUCACGAUAUGUUCAGUUGGAUGGCGUCGCCAUUCAGAGAAGAACCUCCGCCGUACGGCGGUCAGGAUGGGGAGAGCUCCAUUUCAAGGCGUCUAGCAACUUUACCCCCAGCUAUGAGAUUCAGGCAACUGAAGGAGACAGCAAAGGCAUCGGUGGGUGUCUACAGGUCUCACAUUCACGGACGCGGCUUGUUUUGCAAACGAGAAAUUGAAGAAGGUGAUAUGGUGAUUGAAUACGCAGGCGAAGUGAUUCGCGCUGUCUUAGCGGAUCAACGCGAGAAGAAGUACGAAGCAAUGAGCGGUCGUCGUGGUGUAGGCGGUUGCUAUAUGUUCCGCAUCGACGACAACCUAGUGGUUGAUGCCACUCUCAAGGGAAACGCUGCACGAUUCAUCAACCAUUCUUGCGAUCCCAACUGCUACUCUCGCGUGGUGGACAUCCAUGGCCACAAACACAUUUUGAUCUUCGCAUUGCGUCGCAUCACUGUAGGAGAGGAACUUACCUACGACUACAAGUUUCCAUUUGAAGAGGUUAAAAUACCCUGUACUUGUGGAGCGAAGAAGUGUCGCAAAUACCUCAACUAAAUGAGAAUAGUACAAGUGAAUAUCUAAGCUUGUGUUAAAACCAUGAUAUUUUGAGGUCUAUUAUGUUUUAACUAAUUGACAUUGUGUAAAAAGUGAUACGAAUUAGCUAUUGCAAUGAGGGCACCGUAAUACAAAGUAAUGGCAGACUUUUAAAGACACCUUCAUUCCAAUACCUAACAUCAAUUGAAGCAAUUUAAGCCUCAGCGGCUUCGAUAGCAUAAUCUUAGAAGUACAUAACAGGAUUAGGCCUAUAACUAUAGAUUAUACAUGUAUGAAGAAUAAGAUUGUGAAAUCGGAAUGUGGGAAUGAAAACUGAUGGAUCUCCAGAAUUAUCAAUUCUAAAUAUAUUUUUAGGAUUUAGUGUGGGGAAAUGAAUGCAUGAGGGGGAAAUACUGGGUCGAGCACAAUUUUUAUAUGUACAUAAUUUUAUAUGUAAGAAGAUAAGUCAAAAUCACAUAUCGCGCUUUUCCCACCACCUAUUUUGACGUUGAAAUAUAUACCUCUCGAGUGUUGAGACAUUGAAAAGUUAUACGUGAAUCUUGUAAUGAUCUCUUUCUUGAAUCUGCCCAGUGUUUAGAGAUGUUGGACUGUAACAUAAUUCGACUUUACUUAAAAUAAUCUUAUUUUGUGAUAAGCUUAUAUUUUAUACUUUUUGUAAAUAUUUUAGUUGUAUUGUUUUUGAAGUUAUUUGAUGAAUAAGAUUAGUGGUGAGCGGUUUAAGUGUGAGCACUUAAUUCGAUGUGAUAUGUGUUAGCCCCAGCGGCAGUAGACAAGAUGGUUAGUGCGUAGUAGUGUAUGUUGUUGUUCCUCAUUUGUAUCCUUAUUUCUCUUCAUUUGUGAUCAGUUAAGUCUCGACUAACAUAGCGGCGUACGUGUACAUAUUGAUGGAGAUUUAGACGAGUAAUAACGCAAUUAGUACAUUCGAAAAGGGUAGGAAAGUUACAAGUACAAUGUUACUUUUUAGUAAUUUUAACAAGUAUUGUAUAGCUAAUUUGUAAAUAAGAGGAAAAAUAUGUCAUAAUAAUGAGGUUAAGCGACAAAUCGUUUAUUGUAGUCAUAGUGGUAGAUUGUACUUUAUAGAGUAUAUUAAAGUGUUGUUCUAAGUUAUUCGAUGUAUGGUACGUCUCGCGGCGAGUAGUGUCCGGCUAUUCCACGGAAAUGCACAUGCGACAAAGUAUCCACGGCUCCAGCUAUCACAAUUGUUCGUUACAGAAAUGCACAUUAUUUAGCUUUAAUAUUUUAGCACUGUUUCAUUGACAUAACUACGCUCCGUUAUAACAAACCCCGUGUAUAAUAUAGUUAAAGCAAUUGCCAUUUCUGUAUAUAAAGGUUUUAAUUAAAAUUGAUCAUCACAUUAUUAACAUCACGCUAAGCUACUAGUGAUAGAUGUUCUCUUCUACGAUUUUAGGAAUGAAUGGAUUUAAAUAAUUAAUAAAUAUAACGCGCAAUAUAGAAAAUGGUUGUAUUAACCAAAUGAUAAAGAGUUAAAUGGUACAUUAUAUAUGCCGUAGGCUGAAACGCUGUAAAAUUAGUCACUGCGUCUUACGGUAGCAGUAUUAAAGAAUAAUUCCUUGUCCCAAGUAUUUUAUAAAUAAAUCUAUAGACCAGAUUUAAACUAUGUAGUGGGAGUUUACACAGGGUGAAAAAUUUUAAGCGAGCUUCCUAUCCUAAGAGUUAGGUAUCAACAGCAACUUGUUUUUAGGAAAUUAUACUGACGAAUUGCAAAACAGGAAGUACGUAACUUUUCCAAUUAUUGGGUCUGCAUUAUUUCCAAAAAACAGGGGGUUAAAUGUUUGGUUAGCAAUGGCUUAUGAUGGUUGCCGUAGAAGCGCUACUUAACUGCGGACGGGUAACAAUGAAGCCGCGUAAAAUUUUUACCUUUGUUAUCGUUUUUCAUUCAAACUUAGUAAUUGAUAAUAUAUGGUGCACUUUAACAUCUAUCUGUGUGUGUAGUAUUUUGUUUGUUAACUUAUGCUGAAUUGUAUUCAAAGUUAUGGUAUUAAUUGUCAUAGGUAAUAUUAAUUGAAAUUUAUAACAGUAGAUAUUCCGCGAUUUUAUCAAUUCAAGAUUAAUUAUUAUUAAUGAAAAAUGUGACAUGUAAAUAAUCAAAUUGGGAUUCUGACAUAAUAAUAUUUAUAAUUAGUAUAUUACCCUAGAAAAUUUUCUUAUGUAUGUAAUGAGAAUUAUUACAAUAACUUUGACAUGUGACAUAGAAUUUAAUAUAACUAAAUCCAUGUCAAACUUAACGCUUAACUCCCUGAUAACUUCGUGAAAUCUUGAGUAUUCGUUACGACGUGGAUUUAGUUAUGGCAUAGUGUUACAAUUUCCUUUUAAAAACGUUUGUUGUUCUGUUUAUGAAAGUUAGUCAAUGUUGUAGCAUACAUCGAGUUAUGAUAAUAAAAGUACAGGUAAUUUUAAUCAUCUAAAAUUACGAUAAUAAUUAUAAUUCUCUAUUUUUGAACACUAAUUUUGUAUUUGCAUAAGGUUAACUAGAAAUCAUUUUUCUUUCCUCCUUUUUUAUUAUUGUGUUUUUAAACGGAGUAUUAUUAGGAUCCGAUGGACAGUUGUUAGUUACUUUGAUUCAAUGUUUGUAUUCGAUUCAUGCUGAAACUCACCAACUAUAAUUGUAAAAGUAAACGUCUAUGUACUAGGACUAGGGUGUAAAGUUUCAUAGCACUCGUUUUUCAAGAAAUCAUGCGUCUGUUCAAAAGAACGUAUGAUAAAAUAAAAAUACGCUUUUAAAUUAUAAUAAGCAUGUGCAUUUUAUUAGUCCUGUAUUACAAACACAAGUUGAAAAAAAAAAAAAACAACAUCACUAAGUGAUGAAAGAUUUUGUGUUAAUUAAGUGCAAGCAUCUGCUCUUGAUAUUAUUUUGUGUUUUAAAUAAUGCUUUUAUUUCUUAAUGUACACAAUGCCAUUUUGCCUAAUGUUAUUAUAAAUCAUUAUAUUAAUUGCUUUAAAAGCACCAACUUUACAAUGCAUAGUUCUAUGACCUGUCUAUACAUUUUAUUACUUUAUUUAUUUCUAUAAUUAUUUUGUAUUGUGGUAAAUUUUACCAAAAAUAAAAAUACUAAAAUGUGCUUCA